AUGCCGGAAUUUUCAUCGGAACUAUUGGCUAAUUUCCCUACGAAUGGAAAUAGCGAACAACCACAUAUAACGUUCGCGUUUGGUUAUGGUUCCGGUGUAUUGAAACAACAACAAGAUUUAGAAAAGGCCAAAACUCAAAAUCAAGUUGAUCUCAUCUUAACUGUCAACAAUUCCUUUAAAUUUCACGAAGAAAACUUAAAACUAAAUCCUUCCCACUACUCGUUCCUCCGAUAUUUUGGUGUGUCAACCAUCACGCGCAUCCAAGAAACCAAAGGUGCAAGAAUCUAUUUCAAUCCUUACGUCAAAUUGAACACUGAUCCAGACACUCUAUACAAAUAUGGAAUCAUUUCCCGAAAACAUCUCAUUCGAGAUUUGUUGGAUUGGGAAACUCUAUACGUUGCCGGUCGUUUACAAAAACCUGUCCGCGUUAUUCAAAUCGAUGAAAACGAUCAAGAUCUAAUCUAUGCACUGCGAACAAACCUCAGCAGUGCAUUACACGUGGCUCUCCUUCUCCUUCCGGAAGAAUUUACAAUGAAAGAUUUAUUUUUGAAGAUCACUUCACUUUCCUAUCAUGGCGAUUUUCGAAUGGUUAUUGGUGAGAAUAAGAACAAAAUUUUAAAUAUUGUCGUGCCUCAAAUCGAUCUCUUCAUUGACCAAUACUCACAUUUAAUUAGCAACGAUGCACAUCUACAUUGGAACAAGACGCGAACACUGAACACAGUAAUUAAACAAGAUGUGACACCAACGGCAAUCUUCAAACGUUUACUUGCUUUACCGAAGUAUGUUAUUUAUAACAUAAUGGAAUCGUCGACAUUCAAAACACGACAAUAUCAAGAUACGGAAGAAGUCAUUCGAAAAUUGUGUGUAAGCACACAACGAACGGAGAAAAUUGAGCAUGCUGUACGAUCGAUUGUGAAAAGAUCGAGCAUAACACAAACAUGUAAAGGUUUAUUGACUGCAGGUUUCAUUCGUAGUACGCGUUAUGCUUUUGCGAAAUUACAAAAGAUGAUUCGAUAG